AUGAUGGUCUCUAUUCCCUUCAUUGUUGCAGCCCUGGCCACUAGUGCCUUUGCAGACAUUCACACUCAAGGUGUCUGUAUUGAUACCCCUGGCUCCGGAGUGCAAGUCUACAACAAAGCCGCCACCGAAAAGACAUGUGAUGCUUAUAAAAACCGAAACACCGGUAGCAAGCAAUGGGAUCAAUGCCCCGACUGUACAUUGAAGAGUGAGCGGGACCUGUUGUACUACUGUGAGUCCGAGGGCGAGCACAUUGGAGGCGACGAGUUGAACUAUUAUUGCACGCAAAAUGGUGCGGGAGAUAGUGUGGCUUGGUAA